AUGGGUAAGAGAUCUCGAGAAGAGGAACAUGACGAUGAAGACAAAGAGCAACACCAUUCCCAUGCUGAUACUUCCCCCACACGAUGUCCAUUUUGCUCUACAGUAAUAUACGGCUACAAUGGAUUUCAAAAUCAUUUCUUGACAUUUCAUGAAUACCAAUGUUUAACUUGUGAUAAAGUGUUUCCUUCACGUCAUAUAUUGGAUCUACAUAUUGAUGAAUACCAUAAUCCAUUCUUAAAACUACAACUUGAAAGAGGUGAGGCAAAGCUGAGUCUCCGAUGUUUUUCUGAGACUUGUAAUGCGAAGUUCGAUUCUUCACAGGCACGAAUUGUUCAUUUGAUUGAUCAUCAUCAUUACCCAAAGACGUAUCCAUUCUCCAUCACGUCUCAAGGUAUUUCACAGACUCUCGAACUUUAG